CGUGUGUUACUAUAUUUGCUCACGAGUCGCUCGCCACAUACAGUACAACGCUUCACUACGGCGUCGAAGCUUCGGCCUGGUGGAGCCCCCUUCAUUUUUUGCCCCUCCCCCAGCCGACAGGCAUGUUGCAAACAUCAACAAGCAGACCCUGGAGUCGAAACUCGAGCUGGAUCGUUCGAGUUUCGCCGUCGGUUGAGGCCCAGCCAGUCAAUGUUGUUCACCUUCGGCACUGGAGUCCUGGACUCCUGUGGACUCCAGAACCAGAUCGUUAACCCUGCGAAUCUUGGCAAAUCACGCACGGGAUGACAUGACAAGAUAUGGGUUUGCGGGUCCCAUUCUCUUCCACUCAGAAGAGUCAAGUGUUUCUAGGCCCGUUCUACAACCGAUUUGAUGUUGUUUUUCCCACUGGGUCGUGUUUCUUGUCAUGGAAACCAAGCAUAGAGAGCAUGUUAUUUACCUUUUGUAGGAGUAAGGCCCGGGCUGCAAAGCUUGGACUCGAUUAGGGGAACCCCUGACACCUACGAUCAAGACUUGAAGGGAUCUAGUACCGCCUGGUUCUGCGAAAGAAGUAUUUCUUUGAUCCAAUGUCCGCUCCAUUGAGUUCUGAGCCCUUCCCUUCUCUUCAUCCUCUUCAUCUCUUCUUCUCAACAAACAACUUUUUUAUAUACGGGCUGGCACUCGGUUUUCUUUUCGUGUAUUUUUUAUUAUCAUUGUGUACCAGUCACGAGAUUUCCUACGACCUUUUGAUAUCCAGUUUCAGAAGAACAAAAACGUGUACAUCAUCAACAACAACCCAAGACUUCGCUUAGCGUCUUCGAGAACGAUUCCUCGCCGAUAUCAAACAACCACACACAACAAUCAAAAUGAAGUACUCCAUCAUCCUCGCUGCUACUUGCGCCUCAACGGCCUUUGCCGCUGCCGUGGCACCGCACGACCCCGCUCUUGCGGAGCUCGUCGCCAGGACCGGUGAGCUCGCCGAGAUCGAGACCCGGGCCGAGAAGGAAGGCGGUGGUGAGGGCAAGGGCGGCAAGAAGAACGAGACCGGCAAGAAGGAGGGUGGCAAGAAGAACGGCACCGAGCCCGCCAAGGGCGGCAAGAAGGGCGGUGCAAAGAACGGCACGGAGCCUGCCAAGGGCGGCAAGGACAAGGGCAAGGGCAAGGGCAACUCGACCACGGGAGCGCCCGGCAAGCUCCCUCCCAAGAGUGCCGCCUCUGGCCGCAUGGCUGCCCUUUCCAACGCCGGCGGCUACGUCACGGUCGCUGGUCUCGGUGUCACUUUUGCCCUCUACAUGUAAAAAGAAAGGGAAACAAAAACCCCAGGGGCCAAAAACAGGGGGCGCCAAGUUUUUUUUUCACGCUUUUCGAUCGGAGUGUGGAAUUUUCUUUUUUCUUCUUUUUUUUCUUCAUGUCUUCGUUUUCUCUACGGCUGGGUCAUGCUUUUUCUUCAAGGUGAAUGUGGCUUGGUUGACAAGACCCACGAGGGCUUUUGGAUGGUUAAGGGUUUAGAAGGAUGAUACACAACACGGACAUAGGGGCUAGGAAAGUUUCUGUGAUGCAAUGUUAAUUACAGUUUGCAACUGUUAACGUUAACAAAGCCUGUCGUACGAUCGUUUUGCAAAGUGGGAACAGCUUUGGUCUCUGGUAUACUCAGUCUCUUGACCGCGAAUAGACUUGUAGAUGCAUCAGCUGGGCCGCAAGGUCCUGGCGCAUUUCGCUGAACUGUAGAGAUUUCGCAUAACCUUGGCUUCUUUUCUUUACUGGGGUGGUUUUCUGCUGGCAAACCACUGACGAAUGUUGGAGAACAGCGACAAUACUAAUACGAAAGCAGAGAAUUAUCUACCGAGCAAUUGGCCCUCGUAAAUCUCCUCUUAGGCAACUUCGUAUUCGCCCUACUAUUUAUACUCUUGUUCCC